AUGAAUACUGUUCGUGUUACUUUUAUUGGUCAUCCUGCUACUGGAAAAACUGCUCUUAUUAAACAAUAUUUAUAUCAUAAAACCAUUAAUGAAUAUCUCCCAACAAUACAAGACACUUACAAUAGUUUAAUUACUGUUGAUGGGUACAAAACUGAAGUUACUCUUGUCGAUACUUCAGGUGAAGAAGAAUUUCAUUUACUUCGAGACAGUGAACUUACUCGAACUGAUUACCUUGUUUAUGUUUAUUCUGUAACUGAUUUGGGGUCAUUUGUUAAUGCUCAAGAAGACAUUGCAGAAUGUCUUUCUAUAAUAGCUAAUAAUGGGAACAAAGGAUAUCCAUCAAUUCUUAUUAUUGGUAAUAAAUGUGAUGCUAGUCAUCGUGUUAUUUCACCAGAAGAAGGUGAGAAAUUAAAAAAUAAAAUUCAAAAGGUUUGUCCAUGUGCCUUCUUUGAAACAUCAGCUACAACAAAUCUAAAUCUUCAACGUGUGUUUAAUACAUUUGUUACUGGAAUAUCUACUUCUGAACACAAAAUGAAUGAAACAAAAGAACAAGAUAAAAAAUACAAAAAACCAGUUGCUUUUAAAACUACUCUUGAAGAUUUAGAUCGUCCUCUUUCUCAUCAAAACAGAUUUAUUGCCUUUUUCUCACCAAGAAGAAAAAAUGAAAAACGAUAA